AAAAAUACUGCACCAGAAAACAAAAUAUUUUAAGAAGAUCUCUGGUUGCAAAGUGGAGAAUGAGCUGGCAGUGGGGCAGAUGGCCGGGCUCCAGAGGAAACAGGGGAACAGCCAGUUGGGAGACCCUUGGGUGGUCCAGGGAGACAUGAUAGGGCGUGGACUAGGGGGUGGCAAUGGAGAUGAACAGAAGGGGGUGAAUUAGAUGUUUUGGGAGUAGGACCAAUGGGACCUGCCUAUGUAUUGGAUAUUGCGGGGAACAGGGAGAAGAUGAAAUAAAGAAUGGCUCCGGUGUUGGACUAGAGCACCUGAGGGGAUGGAGAGGGGCGCAGAGGGGUGCAGGCAGGUGCCAUGAUGGCCCUUGACACAGUGCUUGGCACACAAUACACCCCAUAAGUAUGACAGUUAAACGUCACAUCCCAUGUUUGUUUGUUUGUUUGUUUUUGUGAAAGAGACAAACUUUAUUGAGCCCUCAGCCCUAAUUCUUUUUCUCCUGCACAGUCUUGGUUCCCCGGAGACACCCAGUCCGGUGGGCAGCAGUGAGACCCACUUUCUGGCCAGCAGAGGCAUCUCUGAGGAUGGUAGAGGCUUUGCCGAUAUGGUGGUGGUUGCCACCUCCAAAGGGAUGCUCAGCAGGGUUCAUGGCCACACCCCGCACACAUGGCCAGCAAUUCCUCUUUGCCUUAUACUUGUGGUAGGCACGGCUGGCCUUCAGAAUGGGUUUGUCAACGCGGCCACCUCUAGCCACCACACCGACCACAGCUCUGUUGGUGGAGGAGAUGACCUUCUUGGAGCCCAAGGGCAGCUUCACUCUGGUCUUCUUUGUCUCAGGGUUGUGGGAGAUGACAGUCACAUAGUUCCCAGAGGCUCUGGCCAGCUUGCCCCAGUCACCAGGCUUCUCCUCCAGACAACACACGAUGGUGCCCCCAGGUACGGUACCCGCCGGGAGCACAUUGCCGAUGCUCAGCUGGGCCUGCUUGCCACAGUACAUGAACUGGCUGGUGUGGAUGCCCUCGGUGGUGAUGAACAUCUCUGUCUGCUUCUUAAAACGACUGAAGCGGUCCCAGCUGAAGGUGAGGUUCUGCACCAAUGAGUCGCAGAAGUCCCGGGGGGACCUGGUGGGGAUGCUUCGGCGUCUGGGCUUCGACAUCUCAGAGGGCGAGGUGACCGCCCCGGCCCCUGCCGCCUGCCUGAUCCUGAAGGAGCGAGGCCUGCGGCCACACCUGCUCAUCCACGACGGAGUCCGCUCGGAAUUUGAUCAGAUCGACACGUCCAACCCAAACUGUGUCGUAAUUGCAGAUGCAGGAGAAGGCUUUUCUUAUCAAAACAUGAAUAAAGCUUUCCAGGUGCUCAUGGAGCUGGAGAAUCCUGUGCUCUUCUCACUGGGAAAAGGACGCUACUACAAGGAGACCUCUGGCCUGAUGCUGGAUGUUGGUCCCUACACGAAGGCGCUUGAGUAUGCCUGUGGUAUCGAAGCUGAGGUGGUGGGGAAACCUUCCCCUGAGUUUUUCAAGUCUGCUCUGUGGGAGAUGAGGGUGGAAGCCCACCAGGCCAUCAUGAUCGGGGACGACAUCGUGGGUGACGUCAGCGGUGCCCAGCGGUGUGGGAUGAGAGCGCUGCAGGUGCGGACCGGGAAGUUCAGGCCCAGUGACGAGCACCACCCGGAAGUAAAGGCUGAUGGGUACGUGGACAACCUGGCGGAGGCUGUGGACCUGCUGCUGCAGCACGCGGACAAGUGACAGGCCUUCUGGGAGGGCCCCUAGCCUCCUGCCGCCCUCCCCUGUGCCCACACCAUCCGAGGCACUGCCCCCUGGCCUGGACGGGCAAACGAGAGGGUGCCAGCCAGGCAGUUCCGGGCUGCCCUGCCCCUGAGCCACCAGCCCCUCCUCUGUCUGUCUCCCUCUGCCGACCCCCCUUCCCUCCUCCUCUCCGGUCACAUCUCCCAGCCUCCUAGGUGAAGUUUGAUCCCCACCUGCUGGCCCAUCCCCGGCCUGUGCUUCCCUAGUAGAAGUCAAGAGGUGGGGCACAUCUGUCGAAUCCCCAAACCCAUUCUCUCUCCAGUCGGCCAGUCCCUUCAAUGCGCUACCGAAUUGGACUCGGGCGUUUGCCCACUGCCUCUUUUCAAACAGCACUUGAGUUUUGGGGAGGCGCCUGGAGAAAGCGGGGACUCCCAAGCAGAGUCCUUGCGGCCAGAGCCGAGCCAGCCUCCCCGGGACUGCCCAGCGGCCCCUGCCCUCACCUGGUGUCAGAGGGACCGCUCAGCACUCCCCACGAACCCCCCAAACAAUGCAGCCCGCCUUUCCUAUCCCAAGUCACCUCUGGAACCCAAAUGGAGCGGCUCCCAGGGGCACUUUAAAGACUGCCGUCCUUCAGAGCGAGAAUUGUGAGCUCUGGAAUCCAGGUGGCAGGUGGAGGAUACCUUCUGGAGCCUUAAGUCGAUAGACUUGAAUGUGUCACACCCAGGAAACUAACGGUUAAAUCAACUGUCUGCCCUGACCCGCGGCGACUCCGGCUCUGACUGCGCGGGGCGGGCGGCAGGGAGGAGGCACCGUCCCUGAUCCUGCCCUGGACUUGAGCCCCUGCAUGUCAGGGGGCCAGGGCCCUGAGACACCUCGCCUGCCUCAAACCCUUUGUUUAACAGAGGGGGAAACUGAGGCCCCACGGGGACCAGGUGCACAGGGCAAGCGUGGGCCUUCCCUCACGCAGCAGCCCGAGGUGGCGGGCAGUGAGCCGCGGGCUUCCCAGAUUCACUCACGGUCCAAGUUUCAGCAUCAAUCAGCAGAACAGAUAACUUGAAUGCUCUGUUUCUCCCCACAUCCAUCCAGAACCCACUGACAAAUCUUGGGAGACCCCUCAUGAAAGAAGUCGUGAGUCUUCCGUAACAGGAUUUCCAUUAAACGAAGGCAGGUGGUGAUAGAACGCUUCGCCCUGAACCUGAGUCCCCAGCACGGGAGCCCAGGGCCGGCGGGGGUCUGUGCGGUUCCCCAGGCCUUGCCCGCCAGGCCGGCCACCAUUAAAUCAGGAUUAGGAAGAAA